AUGAGCAAUUUUAUAAAUAAUCGUAUUGAACGCAGUCUUGGUAUGGAUUUAAAUGGGGAUGGAUAUGUUGGAGGACAAGGUUUUAUGAGUCGGAUAGAGAAAGCUACACAUAUUGAUUUCAAUGGUGAUAACAUUAUUGGUCGCCAACCUGACAUCAUGUAUGGUGGUUAUGGUUAUCCAUCACCAUACCAUUAUCAUAAUCACGGCGGUUAUGGCGGUUAUACUGGAUAUAAUCCUUACAGUUAUGGUUAUAAUCCAUAUGGAUACUAUUAA